CCCGGCCGUGGCCGGAGCCGGGGAACCGUGGCCGCCUCCAUGUUCCAGCUGCCGCUGCUCAACUUCAGCCCGCAGCAAGUGGCGGGCGUGUGCGAGACGCUGGAGGAGAGCGGCGACGUGGAGCGCCUGAGCCGUUUCCUGUGGUCGCUGCCGGUGGCGCCGGCGGCUUGCGAGGCGCUCCACCGCAACGAGUCGGUGCUGCGCGCCCGGGCGGUGGUGGCCUUCCACGGCGGCAACUACCGCGAGCUCUACCACAUCCUGGAGAGUCACAAGUUCCCCAAGGAGUCGCACGCCAAGCUGCAGGCCCUCUGGCUCGAGGCCCACUACGUGGAGGCCGAGAAGCUGCGCGGCCGCCCGCUGGGGCCCGUCGACAAGUACCGCGUGCGCAAGAAGUUCCCGCUGCCGCGCACCAUCUGGGACGGCGAGCAGAAGACGCACUGCUUCAAGGAGCGCACCCGCCACCUCCUGCGCGAGUGGUACCUCCAGGACCCCUACCCCAACCCCGCCAAGAAGCGCGAGCUGGCCCAGGCCACCGGCCUCACCCCCACCCAGGUGGGCAACUGGUUCAAGAACCGGCGCCAGAGGGACCGCGCCGCCGCCGCCAAGAACAGGCUCCAGCAGCAGGUGCUGUCGUCGCAGGGCGCGGGGCGAGCGCUGCCGUCGGAAGAGGAGAGCGGCGGGGAACCCCCGCUGGGCACCGCCUCCAGCCCGGCCGCCAGCCUGUCCAGCAAAGCCGCCGCCUCCUCGGCCAUCUCCAUCACCUCCAGCGACAGCGAAUGUGAUCUGUGACG